AUGGCCGACAUCGAACGCAACGAAAAGUCAAUCGACACCCACAACCUCCCUGGCAAGCGCUCUGUGUCCCCGGUAGACAUAUCGGAGAAGCGUGCCUCAGCCUCUACCACACGGGCUGCCCAAAAGAUCCUCGAGCACAGCAGCGAUGCCGACGAGGCGAUGAAGGCCUUCGCCAACGGCGAGGUCGUGGAGAUCGACGAGGCGACCAACAAACGCCUCCUGCGCAUCAUUGACUGGCAUCUCAUGCCCCUGCUCUGCGUCAUCUACGGGUUGAACUUCCUCGACAAGACCACGCUCUCGUAUGCGAGCAUCAUGGGCAUCAAGACGGAUAUCAACCUGGUGGGCGACGACUACCAGUGGCUGUCGAGCAUGUUCUACUUUGGCUAUCUCGCCUGGGAAUACCCUACGAACCGACUGCUGCAGCGACUGCCGCUGGCCAAGUAUUCGGCCUUUUGCGUCAUCGCAUGGGGUACCGUGCUGGCAUUGUUUGCGACCGUGUCCAACUUUAGUGGCGCCGUGGCUGUCCGAUUCUUCCUGGGAGUCAUGGAGAGUGCCGUGACGCCGGGCUUCGCCCUCUUCACGUCGCAGUGGUACACCAAGCGCGAGCAAGGCACGCGCACGGGCAUCUGGUUCUCGUUCAACGGCUUCGGGCAGAUCUUUGGUGGUCUCGUCGCGUACGGCAUUGCGGUCGGCGCGCGCAAGCACGGCGCCGCCAUCGCGCCGUGGAAGAUUGUCUUCCUCGUCAACGGACUGCUGACGGCCGCGCUGGGCGUCGUGUUCCUCUUCGUCAUCCCGGACAACCAGCUCAACGCACGGUGGCUGAAGCCGCGGGAUCGCAUCCUGGCCGUCGAAAGGGUGCGGGUCAACCAACAGGGCAUCGGCAACAAGCACUUCAAGUUCUAUCAACUCAAGGAAGCCUUGUUGGAUCCCUUGACUUGGGCGUUUGUCUUUUACGCUCUCGUCGCGGAUAUCCCCAACGGAGGCAUUACCAAUUUCUUCUCGCAGCUGAUCGUCUCGUUCGGCUACACGCCCGAAGAAUCGCUCCUGUACGGCACCCCCGGCGGGGCCGUCGAGGUCGUGGCCCUGAUCUUCUGCGGCUGGCUCGGCGACCGGCUCGGCCAACGCAUCCUCGUCUCGAUGGGCGGCCUGUGCGUCGCGCUGCUCGGCAUGAUCCUCAUCGUCGCCCUGCCCUUGUCCAACAACUCGGGCCGUCUGGCAGGGUAUUACCUGACCCAGGCCUCGCCAACGCCCUUUGUGGCCCUGUUGUCCCUGAUCGCGACCAACGUCGCGGGAUACACCAAGAAGACCACCGUCGCGGCGUGUUACCUCAUCGGCUACUGCGUCGGCAACAUCAUCGGCCCGCAGACCUUCCGGCCGAGCGACGCCCCGGAGUACCGACCCGCCGAGAUCACCAUCAUCGUCUGCUGGGGUGCGUGUCUGGUCGAUUUGGCCUUUAUCUGGUGGUAUUGUCGGCGGCAGAACAAGAACAAGGAAGCCCAGCGCGCGGAGCCGGGGUACGUCAAGUUGGAGAAUCAAGAGUGGCUCGACUUGACGGAUAAAGAGAAUCCCGAGUUCGUGUACAGUCUGUAA